AUGACCUUGCCGCUCUCACUGAUCCCAACGCGGGAUUUGCACCUAGACUACGACAAUUGUGUUGCGACCGGCCGAGUGCGCCUCACCAGCUACUAUAAUAAUAGAGGCGGAGAAUAUGCCCGCAAAACUGAACCAGAAUCACACAUCCAUCCCUGCGCAUUACUUGCCAAAAAUCCGUACCCACCCGCAUCAACGCUAGCGCAAGCAAUCAUGCAUUCUUCCGCGCUCCUCACAGACCUCGUCGUAGCUCAGGAAUCAGAGAGGGGUCUGAUAAAAGAGCCAGAUCCUGAUGCUAUGUACAGAAGUGAUGGUCGAUCAUCAGCAGCUGAUGAUGCCCAAAUGAACAACGGGGGUGACGACGGCAUCGAUGACGCCGAGGAGGCCGAAGGGUGGCAGGGAAACCCACGUCGAAAACUAUGA